AUGUCAGGUUCGCGGUAUCUCUUCAGUAAUGGCAUCCUUUCACACACCUUAGACGCUCCUCCUGUCAAACUCUUUCUCGAAUCUCAUCCAGGUGCUUACACAACAUCACGUACUCACAAUAAUGCUUCGUGUUUGUUAUUUUGGGAAAGACAUGUCAAAAGACUUUCAGAAUCUGUACAAAUUCUGUCAAAUUCGGCACCACAACUUUUAUUCAAGUCUAAUAAUGCUGCAACUUUGCUGCCAUUGGAUAAGAAUUUUCCAGUCUGGCAACCUGCAUUGCAGAUGCUUGUUAAUGAAUCAGUGGGGAAGGUCUUGCCGAUUGCAUUAAAAGAGAGGGUUGAUUCUGAGGAGCUGGCAAUUACAACUCUUGUUAGUGGUAAUUUGGAGGAACUGAAUGUAUGUGAGACUAGGAGUGAGGAAAAAAUUAGUAAUUUUUUUGAUGUCCACGUGCAUAUUGAUACUUAUGUUCCGCCUCGGUUUGGUAUUCGGGGAAAUGGUGCACAUUUGGCUGUGGGGGGCUAUGGAAGGAACUUUGCAGCUGCAAAAUAUUCAGAUUGGGUAAGGAUUAGGAAGGCUUUAGAAAAGCUCAGACCUCCAUCAGUGACAGAACUGUUGUUGUCUAAUAAUGGUGAUCAAAUACUCGAAGGUUGUGUGACAAAUUUUUUCGUUGUUUGCUGCAAGGACAGGGAUUUAAAUGAUGGGAAGGCCCCUUGUGAUUAUGGAAAUAAAAACUCUUUUGAAGUGCAGACAGCUCCUAUCAGUGAUGGUGUUCUUCCAGGAAUUAUACGCCAACUAGUGCUCGAGGUAUGCAAAAAUGAAGGAAUCCCGUAUCGUGAAGUUGCUCCAUCAUGGUCAAAACAUGAAAUCUGGGAGAAAGCAUUCAUCACAAGUAGCUUGAGGAUUUUGCAACAUGUAGAUAGUAUUCAGGUUCCAACAGAUUGGCAAUCAGCCCAUUCUAAAACAUGGAAGGAUAUAUCAUGGACUAAAAAGCAAUUUCAGGGUGGACCUGGGAUGAUCACAAAUUUAAUCCAGGAAAAGGUUAUGGAGAAAGCAAUUUCGGAAGGGUAUCAAGUAAGUAACAUAUGUACAAGGUGA